ACACAAAGGUUAUUCUUAAAGAAUAUACUGACGUCUCCUCAUUACAGAAUCCAAAAUAAUGAAGGGAAUACUGAGUCUGAAGAUAUGCCUGACAUUGGCUGUCAUUUCCAUCCUAACAGACAACGGUCUUGGUGCACCAACAAAAGGCAGAUAUAUGUGGGUCAAUUGCCGACCAGACUCCAAGAACGCCAACUGCCAGACACAGAGGGGUCCCUUGGUGGAAUUGCCUGGGCCACCUGAUAGACUCCCCUCUACUGCUGUAAAGGAUAUAGUGCAAAAAGAAACUGUCUCAGAGCUGGAGGAGCAGUCAGGCGAGGGUUCUGCUACGGGACCCUUCUUGGCUGACCAGGGCUCUGGAGAUGUGUACGGCGUUGACUAUGCUGAAUUCACAAUGCCAGUGGAUCAGGCUCUGCCUCAUGCUCAGGAAUUAAAAGAGGACCACCUGAUCAUGUAGCCUUGCAUAACGUAAAAAAGAUUGAGAUUUGAAUAUCAAUCCGGUUGUACAAAAUGUAUUGGAUCUGGCAAGCUCUCAUGACUGCGUGACAGGAUUCCCAUUUAAACUGUUAUGUUUUGGUUGGUGCCAUUUGCAUCUUGAAAAAGAUGUAGCACUAUGCCUUUUCCCUCUCAGCUAUUCAUGCUUGGCUAUGUAAGAUUGUGUUUGACAGUCUUAACAUUGAUUUGAAUAACUUUGUGGUUAAAGCAUAAUUUGCACGGUUUAGUUAUUUUCCCAUGGGACCUGAGAGAUUAUAUUGCUCUUAUUUGUGAAUGCUCAAAUUUUAGAGAAUGUAAUUAAUUACAUUUCACAUGUAACCAUAUUUUUUGUUGAUCGAUCACUUAUAUUUUUCAAAUGGUUAUGAAACGUGGUUAACUGUGAUAUAUUGUGCUUUUUUACUUUUGCCAUUAAAUCUACAACAUAAUAAACACUUCCCCUU